CACAUCACAAACAGGUUGCAGAAAAUAAUAUAGCAACUUUUUAUUAUACGGAAUGCAGGUGGGGUGGCGGUGGGCGGCGUGGGCGGCGGCAAGACGGAGACGCUGACCAGUUUAGCUCGAGCGGCUGGACAGUACUUGGCCACCCUCACCUGUACUGCCCACACGCCCACACAGAGUCUGCAGAGUGUUGUGAGCGGGUGUGUGCAGGGCGGGUACUGGUUGGUUCUGAAAGACGCGCACCACCUCCCACCAGCUGCCCUGGCCAGCCUCGCCCAGUACGCCCACAAUAUCCACCAUUCCAAGCUCCAUUCUCUCAAGAGGUGUGUGAUCGACGGUCAGGAGAUGAAGCUACUUGACUGCUUCAGUUUAUUUAUGAGUGUGACUCAGGAGAGCAAUAUGGCGAGUAUGUCACCCAGUCAGUCCUCGACGUCGUCACCCAGUCAGUCAUCGUGCCCACUGCUUAACCACCCAAUCACUCCUCACAUCACCUCUGUGACGGUGUGUCCACCCAGGAUCGACACGUUGCUCGAGGCGGUGCUCGUGGGUCGAGGCUUCAGUUGUUCUCCAGGUUACCUGCUGAUGGUACGUCAGUGUUUCACUCACUUCACCGCCCUCCUACCCACUGCGCCCCCGCCCGCCCUUCCCAGACUUGUGCAGGCGACAGCUCGGGUGUCUUGUGAUAUAAGAAAUGUGAUGCAAGGUCACAUUAGCCACCACACCAGCUCGUGUGAAAAUUCAGCGAUGACCAAUGCAUUAAGUGUGGAAAGACAACAUUUAAAGGAAGGCACAGUAGGAGAGUCCAUUGCCACUCCGUCGUCGGGUGUCACUUCUCUAUGGAUGCGCCUUCCAAGAUACUCGCGACCAUUGACAGAUGAAGCCGUCAUCACUCAAGCUGUUUACGCAGUGCUCACUCCCCUGCUCAGUGACAGAGAGCAAGAAUGGCGUCGUAUUUUCACCAAGAUUUUUGAUAUCGAAGAACCCGAAGAUAAUCAAGGAUCUGCUGAGGAUUCAGAGAUCGAGGAGUCAGUGCGUGAAGUCCUACUGGAAUGGGGCUACAGAAGCCGCGAAGCUUCGGAGUCUAUUGAAAACUUACAACCGGUAAAAGAACCGAGUUCUGAUAUUAAUGUUUAUGAUAUUAACAAGGCACAAGAAGUUCAGAGUAAUGAGAAGCGUUGUGUUGAAGGGGCAAAUACGGAACUGGAGAAAAAUUAUGGACCUAUAAUACAGGAAUCUGAAACCAGGAAAUCAGAAAUUAGAAUGAAUCUGAGUAGCCACGGUGCUAGCCUUCUGAAGGCAGCUUUACACAUGUACUCCCUCCUCGCAAUACAUCACUGCUGUUGCAUCACGUCGUCCUCGGGAGCUGGCAAGUCUACUGUAUGGAAGGUGCUGGCGGAAUCACUAAAUAGACUGUGGAUGAGAGAAACUGGUGACAAACGUGAGAUUCGACCGUGGAGAGUGGCAUGCCAGGUGGUGCACUGCGGAGCCUUCACUAGACGUCACCUGCUGGGGUACUGGCACGAUGAUGGUAACGUGUGGCGCAAGGGUGUUCUCUUUACCACUCUCACUGAGGCACAGCAGAGUGACGGGGAGAGGUGGGUGGUGUUGGUAGGACCCUUGCAACGCAGCGUGCAAGCAGCCCUUGUCUCUCUUUUUCAUCCCUCGCCAGUCUUCAAAGAUGAGGCUCUGUAUCAGGUCAUCCUUGGUCACCAUAUCAGGAUCAUACUUGAGCUGAAUGGAGAGGAGGACCUAAUUCCUCAAGUCCGUACCAGGUGCCCGGUGCUGGAGCUGGAUACUGAGGCGAUAAGUGUGGAGAAUGCUGCUGACGAGGGUGUCCACCGCCUUGCAUACCUUCUCCCGCACCUUCAGGCGCCACAGGCACUGGCAAAAGCGGGCUCCACUCUGGCUCGAGGCCUCCUCAACCUCCAGCUUCCUCACACUUCACUGGUUUGUGUGGCGAGGUGUGUGUGUCGCCUGACGGAGGGAAGGGUGACACCCUCCACACUCCCAGGGGAGAUAAUGGAGGUUAUGACGCAGGUGCUUGAGCUCCUCCAUACCUCCAUGUACCCACACCUCCACCAAGACGCUAGAGAAGGCUCCUACACCCCGGCCAGACUGGACUCUCGUAGCCCGGCGCCCUCUGAUGCUUUCCUGGAUUAUGCUGGCCGGGUGGUGGCUAUACCAGAGUUCCAGGCAGGGCUGAGCCUUCUGCCGCAGCUGCUCGAUGCCUCCUGUCCCCUGCUUAUCUAUUCUAAAUCUGGGUAUGGGUUAAGCACUUUUUUGGACAUGUUUGAACGCAAUCUGGCGCCUGCAACUCGAGUCAUUCGAUUCAAGUGUACACCACUGUCAACAGCUGAGGACCUUUUCUCCAGUAUGAUAAGUUCUCUUCUACCGUGCACAAUUUCCAGCUCUCAGUUGCAACAGUCGCCCAGAACUGUGUAUGAGGUGAGUGACUGUAACUGGUCGACAGGUCAGCAGUUACCAACAGAACUCGACAAGUCUAUGAAAGUGCUCGCUCCGGGUGAUGAGGGAUUUUCUCUUCUGCUGCUCGAAGAUUUGCACCUCCAACUACAAGUGAAUGGCCUCGUUGGAACAAUUUGGGAAGCUUUCAGACACAUGGUAGAAUGUGGAAAAGUAGUGUGUCCUGUGUCAGGGACGAGGUACCUCCUGCAACGUGUGGUACCUAUCCUCACCAUCUCCUGCCCUUCCACACCUGACCACCAUGUUCCUCCAAGGUUCCUCAGGCAUUGUGUUGUUAUGGGACUCCCGCAUCCUUCACCUGCCACCUGUGAAUACAUCAUAAAGGUAUGUCUUCAGGACGUUCUUGUGGAGAUCGACGAAGACAACCAUCUUCCAGAGGCUGCACGGGAUGUUGUUUUGGAUCUUUAUCAGAACCUUCAAGCCCCAACGCCGCCCCUCACUCCCAUUCACACCUCAAGGCAACCUCCCAAUACCGAUAAGCACGAGGACGACGAAGCUAGCUCUAACGAAAGGAAGGAUGAGUGUCAAGAUCGGGAGGCUGCCACUCGUCAAGGCUCCAAUAUUGCUGAUAAAAUUCCCAUUAACAGUGAUCAUGCUGUUGUUGGUUUAAUGAGCAGCAGUAACAAGACUGUGGAUAAUAAAGAGAGCAAAAACCAUAGAGAGCAGUCGAGUGUUUUAGCUCCUAACCUGCACCAUCUGCUACACUUAACAGAGGCACUGAGGAAGAACUCAUGCCUUCUGCAGCUAACCAUGGGCCAAGCAGCAUCCCUCAUCACUUUCGAAGCAAGAAGAGUCUUCAGCGGCCUCUUCACUUGCGAGACCAUCUUGAAGAGACGAAUUUCGGCCAUCAUCAGGAAGUAUUUUGACGAGGUGGAGGAAGGAUUGGUGUGGUGGCCAGGUGUGACGGAAGAUGGUAAGAAAAUGAUGACACACGCCAGGGACUACAACGAAGUCAUCAAGAAUGUUCAGUACCCUGAAGGACUCCAGCCCAUAAUGUUCACACGGACACACUUCGACGGGCUCCUGAAGCUAGUGUUAACGAUGGAAUCCUACAGCAUGCAUGCCAUCAUCAUCGGUCCACCAGGGGUGGGUAAGAUGUCCCUGGCGAAGAUGGCUGCUUUCAAUACACGCACCAGAGUAUACCAGCUGGAUGAGCACCGGGAGGAGGCUGGUCGGGUGGCAGGCAUCAGAGCAGCAGUGGAAGCCUCAGGGGUAGGGGGACGCCGCACCGUCAUCCUUCUGAGGGACCACGCCCUCACCCCCACCAUCCUCGAUACUGUGUACAGUCUGGCCAAUGCUGGUUGGAGUGAAGGAUUGUGGGGGCCUCUUAGGGUGCGUGGUUUGCUGGAAGCCAUCAGGCAAAGAGGCAAGAGUCCCAAAACGCAGGAGAACCGCUGGAUGACCUACCUGGAGGAGGAGGAACUGGCCACGCUCAAGCACAGAUUCAUUACAAAUGUUAAGAGGAAUCUUCACGUGUGCCUAAUCACACACUCGUACCAGGUGAGUGAGGAAUGGUGUACGCGGUACCCAUCACUGAGGAGCAGGUGGACCUGGGUGAAGAUGGGCACCUGGGACACAGAGACGCUACAGGAGAUUGCCAGAAGGACUCUCCUAACAGCAGAUCUCCAGCCGCACGUCCUAUAUCAACUGCAGGUGGCGCUCCCCAGCAUCCACCAGAUGCUGGAGAAGGAGGAGGUACUGAAUGUAAUUGUGAUGGCGGACUUCGUGGAGGCAUGCCAGGUGACAGUGAACCUGCUGGCGCGACGCCGGGCUCAACUCAGAGAUUCACUGGCUCUGGUCAAGGGCGGCAUGGACAAACUGCACGAGACGAGCGGCAACGUAGAGGAACUGAAGGGGGAACUGGGAGAGUUGGAGCCUGAGCUGAAGGCUACACAGGAGGAGGGUCAGCGCCUCACGCACGCCCUCUCUCAGCAGCGAGCCCAGGUUUCCCACAUCAGGGACCAGAUGAUCGCCCAGGAGGAGAAAGUCAAGGAGAAAUGUGAAGCUGUUGGAGCACUGAAUGAAGAGAUAGUUCAGGAGGUGGGGGAGGCAGUGCCGGGGCUAGAGACGACUGAAAAGGCCAUCAAGGCACUGGACAAGAAGGAUCUGGUGGAAGUGCGGGUACUCAACAAGCCGCCAGACCUAGUUCUGGCUGUCAUGGAACCUAUCUGUCUUCUCCUCAACGUCAAACUGGAGUGGUCAGCAAUGAAGACGCUCCUGGGAGACCCAACCAUGACCAAGAAGCUCCUAGAGAUCGAGAAAGACACCAUCUCAGAUGCUACCCUUAGGAAACUCAAGAAAUACACUGAGAAUCCCAAGUUUCUCCCGGAGGAGGUAGGGAAGGUGUCAAAGCCUUGUCGUCCACUGUGUGCCUGGCUCAAGGCUCUGGAACACUACGCUCAAGUCAUUCGCAAUGUUGAACCAAAAAAACUAAGACUUGCGGAGUUGGAGCGUGAUUUAAGUGGCAUUCAGCUGGAGCAGCGUCAGCUCCAGCAGCAGCUGGGCCAGAGCGAACGGGAGCUGAGUGAGCUACAGGCUCGCUAUGAGGGUUGUGUAUGCCGGCGGCAGCAGUUGGAGGGCAGCAUCAAGCGAGCCACGGCCAGGCUGCAGCGCUGUACCAGGCUCACCACCGUCCUCGCUGACGAGGAUUCAAGAUGGUCAGCAAAGAUAAAGGUGCUAAUGAGCGAGGUUGAGAGCGUGUACGGGGAGUGUACACUAGGGGGCGUGGCCGUGGCUUACUUGGCUUCCCUGCUGCCUCCUCAGAGGGAUCGCCUCCUUCACCAGGUCGUCUCCAUACUUACUGGCACCGGCAUCAUCACUCCCAAGAAAUAUGAUCUGGUGGAGACGCUGAGCACAACUGAGACUCGGGAGUCUUGGGAAGCUGCUGACCUGUACUGCGAUCCUGCAUGCUUCUUGCAGGCUGCUUUCGUCAAAGCCGCCGCCAGGAGGACCCUGGUUCUGGACCCAGAUCAUAUGUUUAUUGUUAUUUUCUUGUUGUCUAAUCCUGUUGCUUUAAGAUAUUCAUCAAAGCCUGCAUGA